CCCUAAUGGCCAGUCCUGUUUCCGAAAACGACUUGUCGCAAAGCUCGUCGGGCUGGCACACAGAUCGGUCUGUGUGCCGAUGGGACUUUGGCGAGAAAGAUCCCGGCCUGUUCUUCAUGGUAGAAGUUGGUCUCCUCUCGGGACACUUUCUCUUCGGCCCUUGAUGCAGGGGUGGUUGUGCAUAUGCAACGACAGCAGAGCAUGUGUGCUGUCAUGGUCGGAGUAUCUGGCCAACUGUAACAAGCUCGUGCGGCCUAACAGUCGUGUCAUUGCCUUGGCUUUGUUUACCCAGUGCCUCGCCAGACAGCAUUGCCCCCCAACGAUGUUUGUUUUCAGUCACUGGCCACGUUGUGCCAACCGGCGUCUUGUUGCUUUGGACAUGGCUCGUUGUUUAUCCCUUGCAGACUGGAACAACAUCACUCCGCGCUUGAUGGGGUUCGUCGAUGUUCUAUCCGAACCAUGGAAGCUGGCUGCCACGCCUCCUUCCAUGCUAUUCGCGCUUGGCCACGACAGCUGCGACCAUCUCACCAGCACGAAUCUGAGGCGCUGAGGAUCAAGCCGUGCAUGUGGGCACCGUCCUGUGCGUGCAGUCAUCGACAGAUGUAUCAGUACUAAGUAAGGUAUUGUCAGGUCACGCCAUCACAAAGACCGCAGAGAUAUAAUCCUUGUUCUCGAUUGCACAGGAACCAGUCCACGCCGAG